CACAUUUUACCCCUGUUUCUUAAAUAAAUAAGCAAGUGUACGUGGAAGUUAGAGUCUGGAGAGUGGCUGGGAGGAAAGAGACUGUAGAAACCUCAGGAAAACUUGCCUCCGUCUGCCCAUUGCUGCUCUUCCAGGUCUGCAAAUGAAGAGCCCUGAAAAGAAACGAAGAAAGUCCAACACUCAGGUGCAGGAUCAAGAAAAAGCGGAAAUACUCUUCUCUCUUUUCCCUUUCUGGUCCUAGUUCUGUCUUGAUUACAUUUAGCCCAGUCUUUUCCCCUUCGUUUUUGAUACAAGGUCUCAUGUGUCCCAAGCUGGCUUCAUAUUUGCUGUGUGGCCAAGGAUGACUUUGUAUCUCUAUGAUCUUCCUGCUUUGGCUUUCCAAAGUGAUGGGAUUCCAGAUGUGUACCACCAUACUGGUUACUACAGUGCUGGGGACCCUCUGGACGAGUGCAGGUGCCCUUGGAGGCUAGAAGACGGGGUCAGAUUCCCCAGAACUGGAGGAGAAGCAUCUAUGAGCUACCAGGUGGUUGCUGGGAACAGAACCCAGAGCUUCUGCAAGAUCCAGAAGUGCUCCUAAACCUGUGAGCCAUUUCUCCAGCCUGCAUGACACUUUAAGGGUCCUGCAUACUCACAUCUGACGGAGUUUGCCCCGCCCCCGACCCCCAUGGUGGAUCAUCUGGUCGCUUCUAACCCUUUUGAGGAUGACUUUGGAGCCCCUAAGGUGGGGGGCGCAGGCCCUCCGUUUCUUGGCAGUCCGGUGCCCUUUGGAGGCUUUCGUGUACAGGGGGGCAUGGCAGGCCAGGUACCCCCAGGCUAUGGCACUGGAGGAGGAGGGGGUCCCCAGCCACUUCGUCGGCAGCCCCCUCCUUUUCCACCCAACCCUAUGGGUCCAGCUUUUAAUAUGCCUCCUCAGGGCCCUGGCUAUCCGCCCCCAGGCAACAUGAACUUUCCCAGUCAACCCUUCAACCAGUCUCUGGGCCAAAACUUUAGCCCACCUGGUGGGCAGAUGAUGCCGGGCCCAGUGGGGGGAUUUGGUCCCAUGAUCUCACCCACCAUGGGACAGCCUCCUAGAGGGGAGCUGGGUCCUCCUCCUCUCCCACAACGCUUCACCCAACCAGGAGCACCUUUUGGUCCUUCUCUUCAGAGACCUGGUCAGGGACUCCCCAGCCUGCCUCCCAACACAAGUCCCUUCCCUGGUCCAGACCCUGGGUUUCCUGGCCCUGGUGGUGAGGAUGGUGGGAAGCCCUUGAAUCCACCUGCCCCCACUGCUUUUCCCCAGGAGCCCCACUCAGGCUCCCCAGUUGCUGCUGUUAAUGGGAAUCAGCCCAGCUUCCCCCCUAGCAGCAGUGGUCGAGGUGGAGGCACUCCAGAUGCCAACAGUCUGGCACCUCCCAGCAAGGCAGGUGGAGGCUCAGGGCCCCAGCCUCCCCCAGGCCUGGUAUACCCUUGCGGUGCCUGUCGGAGCGAGGUGAACGAUGAUCAGGAUGCCAUCUUGUGUGAGGCCUCCUGCCAGAAGUGGUUUCACCGCGAGUGCACUGGCAUGACCGAGAGUGCCUAUGGCCUGCUGACCACCGAGGCCUCUGCCGUCUGGGCCUGUGAUCUCUGCCUCAAGACCAAGGAGAUCCAAUCUGUCUACAUCCGAGAGGGCAUGGGCCAGUUGGUGGCCGCUAACGAUGGGUGACUCUAGUGCCACAGCCUGGGGAAGUGCACCUUUUCCACUGUGCUCCUGCAGAGUGGCUCUCGCUCCUUGUCUUCCACUGGCAUCCGAUGGAGCAGAAACAUGGUUCCUGGAAGCAGAAAAGGAACUGAACUGAGGCAGGCAGGCAGAAGAGCCUGGGUUGCUUUGUUUUAUUUUUUUGGUUUUUUGUUUUUUUUGGGGUUUUUUUUGGGGAACUUGUGCACUGAGUACCUUCAAGAUCCAGGAAACUAAAGCCUUGUUGUGCAGAGCCAUUCCUAGAGUCUUUAACUGGAGGCUGCAAGAGAAAAGGGGCUGGAGGAGUUUCAAAGGGCAAGGAUAUCCUGUGUGCAGAUGAGAGGUAACCCCAACCCCCGUGCCUACAAUACCUGUGUAGCCCCAUGGCUGCAGCUGUAGCUCUUGGAGUCACAUAUUCAAGGUUUCUUCGCUCCCUGAGCGAGAGCCCCUUUCCUCGGUUCUGGAAACAAAUGGUGAUUUCUCUCUGUGUCCCUUUGCUUCCCCUGGACCUGAUGUACUCUAUUCUCCUUGGAGCACCAAAUACCUUGAGGAAACAGGAAAGUUCCUGACUAGAGCAGUUGUCUGUCUGGGGCUUCAAGACUGUAGGUAAGAGAUGCUGAGAAGACAUCCUCCUCAUACCAAAGUCACUGGUCCUCUCUCAGCUUCUCUUGUAUUUUUCUCUCAGUGACCAUGGUUUGCCAAAAAAAUUGGGAUAUGUGGUCUGAGUGACGGGAGUAUUUGAAGUUGGAGCUCCCCUGGAAGUCUGGACUGGAGGUGUCGCACCCCCCCACCCCCACUCCAUCCACCACCACCACCCUGCCCCUCGCACCUAUCUGGUGCACAGUAUGACAGUGCUGUUCUUCAGCUCUUGGUGCCCCUGUUUCCUCUGUCUCGGAGAAAUGUUUGGGAAGGCACGAAGCCCUUAUACCUCAUUCCUUCCCUGAUGAAAGGAUCCAAGGGAGGCCCUGCCAUGGCUCUGGGGACAUGAGGCUGAGCAGCAGGACCCUCAAGGCCAUAAUACUACAAGCUGAAAGAACCUGAAGUUUUCUGCUUACCCUUUUUUAUCCUGUGAUGUCAUCUUGGGUCUGGUGAUCCAGCAGCUAGGCUGGGUUUGGUUUGGUUUGUUAGCACUUCCUGCCAGUGAUGGGACAGGAGCCCCUUCCAGCUGCUCCUCUUUCCAGUUAACCCAAAUGUCCAUUCCUCAAAUAGGUGGGGACAGCAGGCUUGGGUGUGGCUCUCCUGAGAGAGUUGAAGGUGCCCAGCUUGACAAUAAAGGCUGCCCUCUGGGGUGCCCUGUCUCAGUCCUCAUGUUCCCUGCACAGGGAGAGAGGACACUCAGAGUUGGCAGCCCUUCAUGCUGAGAAGGAUGAGGGUGGACCUGCUUCUUAUUCUGUGCCCCUCAACUCCUAAACUACAUGUGACAGCCUCUCUGCUUAUCUUUGUGUUGUGCUGUGGUUUUGUUCACCCGUUACCUGCCGAUACUUUUUGUGUUGAAUCCAUGGUUUGUAAAAUGCUCCCGGGGAGGGCCCAUCCUCUUGUUUCUCUCUGCUACUUUUUGGAAGAAAGUGGGUAGGCAGAGAUGUGGUUAUAGGAUCUUUUUGUACGGUUGGGUUAAUAAAAUGACUUGAAAAUCCAAA